CCAUGCAUCUGACAUGCUCCAACUUCACUCACAACUUCUUCCACCACUAUCACAAGUUCAGGUGCUGCAGUUGACGGAAACCAUGGCCAAGGACAUGACUCUGCUGUGGGGCUCCGGCUCUCCUCCCUGCUGGAGGAUCAUGAUCGUUUUGGAGGAGAAGAACCUGCAGGGCUACAACCAAAAACUGCUUUCGUUUGAGAAAAUGGAGCACAAGUCAAAGGAAGUCAUGGACAUGAAUCCCAGGGGACAGCUUCCUUCCUUCAAACAUAAAAACUAUGUCCUGAAUGAUUCCUACGCUGCCUGCAUGUACCUGGAGAGCCAGUUUUCCCAGGGAAACAAGCUGAUCCCUGACUGCCCAGCUGAGCAAGCAUUGAUGUACCAGCGCAUGUUUGAGUGUCCCGACUUCCACCAGAAAAUGGCGACUGUUAUCUACUACAACUGGAAGGUCCCGGAGGCAGAGAGACACGACUCUGCUGUGAAGAGAAACAGAGAGGCUCUGACUGCUGAGAUUAAGCUGUGGGAGGGAUACCUGGAGAAGGCAUCAGGCCCUUUCGUGGCAGGAAAGAACUUUUCACUGGCGGAUGUGAUGUUUUUUCCAAGCGUCGCUUAUCUCUACCGUUUUGGAUUUUGUGAAGCGCGUUACCCUAAACUGGCAGCAUACUACAACUCUCUGAAGGACAGACCCAGCAUCAAAGCCACCUGGCCUCCGACCUGGCUGGAGAGCCCACAGGGACAGGACCUACUGAAAGGCAUCUGAGAUUCAAAGGGACAUCAGCCGACACAAUGGAACUGUUUCUCUUGUGUAAUUUGGCACCACUCCUUGCAUUGCACUACUAUUUGCUGGCUGCAUUUAAAAAAAAUAAAAUAAAAAUAAAAUAAAAUAAAAAUGUAUUGCCAUUACUGUCGCUGUUGGUUCCUUUUACAUGAUGUGUUUGUGGCUUGAACCGCUGAUCAUUCUGGUUGUGCGCUAAACAAAACAUUAAUAAAAAAUAUAUAUAUUUUCA